UUUUCACAAUAUCCAUCAUUCCUCUUUACCAGCAGCACCACAGAGAGACCAGAACCCUCCAGAGGCUGAGAGAAACAUCUUACACUCAGGUCCUCUCUGUUUAUCGUUCUAUUUGCACUCUGCCUUCAGAACCAAGAGCCUGAAGACGACCCAGGAGCUUUAGGUAUGGCCGUCUUCAUUAUUUUGUCCCUAUUUAGUGUUCUGGUGACAGGCAUAAGUGAAGGUGGGGCUGGGAGUGAGAAAGGAGGUGAGAGGGAAUGUCAACUGAACCAGCUUCCCCGCUGCCCCUCCAUAUCUCCCAGUGCCCAGCCUUGGCCACACCCUGGCCAGAGCCAGCUGUUUGCAGACCUGAGCCGAGAGGAGCUGACAGCUGUGAUGCGCUUUCUGACCCAGCGGCUGGGGUCAGGACUGGUGGAUGCAGCCCAGGCCCAGCCCUCAGACAACUGUGUCUUCUCAGUGGAGCUGCAACUGCCUCCUAAGGUGGCUGCCCUGGCCCACCUGGACAGGGGGAGCCCCCCACCUGCCCGGGAGGCACUGGCCAUCGUCUUCUUUGGUGGACAACCCCAGCCCAACGUGAGUGAGCUGGUGGUGGGGCCGCUGCCUCACCCCUCCUACAUGCGGGAUGUGACCGUGGAGCGUCAUGGAGGCCCCCUGCCCUAUCACCGCCGCCCCAUGCUGUUCCGAGAAUACCUGGACAUAGACCAGAUGAUCUUCGACAGAGAGCUGCCCCAGGCUUCUGGGCUUCUCCACCACUGUUGCUUCUACAAGCCCCGGGGACGGAACCUGGUGACAAUGACCACAGCUCCCCGUGGUCUACAGUCAGGGGACCGGGCCACCUGGUUGGGCCUCUACUACAACAUCUCAGGGGCUGGGAUCUUCCUGCACCCCCUGGGCUUGGAGCUGCUGGUGGACCACAAGGCCCUGGACCCUGCCCACUGGAACAUCCAGAAGGUGUUCUAUCAAGGCCGCUACUACGACAGCCUGGCCCAGCUGGAGGCCCAGUUUGAGGCUGGCCUGGUGAACGUGGUGCUGAUCCCACACAAUGGCACAGGUGGGUCCUGGUCCCUGAAGUCCCCUGUGCCCCCGGGUCCGGCUCCCCCUCUGCAGUUCUAUCCCCAGGGUCCCCGCUUCAGUGUCCAGGGAAGUCGAGUGACCUCCUCACUGUGGACUUUCUCCUUUGGCCUCGGAGCAUACAGUGGCCCAAGGAUCUUUGACAUUCGCUUCCAAGGGGAGAGAGUGGCCUAUGAAGUCAGCGUCCAGGAGGCCUUGGCCAUCUAUGGAGGCAAUUCUCCUUCUGCUGUACGAAGCCGGUAUAUAGACAGUGGCUUUGGCUUGGGCCACUUCUCCACACCCCUGACCCGUGGGGUGGACUGCCCCUACCUGGCCACCUACGUGGACUGGCACUUCCUUUUGGAGUCCCAGGCCCCCAAGACAAUACGCGAUGCCUUUUGUGUGUUUGAGCAGAACCAGGGUCUCCCCCUGCGGCGGCACCACUCAGAUCUCUACUCUUACUACUUUGGGGGCCUUGCGGAAACGGUGCUGGUCAUCAGAUCUGUGUCCACUAUGCUCAACUAUGACUAUGUGUGGGAUAUGGUCUUCCACCCUAAUGGGGCCAUAGAAAUCAGACUCCACGCCACCGGCUACAUCAGCUCAGCAUUUCCCUUUGGUGCUGCCCAGAGGUAUGGGAACAAAGUUUCGCAGCACACCCUGGGCACGGUCCACACCCAUAGCGCCCACUUCAAGGUGGAUCUGGAUGUAGCAGGACUAGAGAACUGGGUCUGGGCCGAGGAUAUGGCCUUUGUCCCCAUGGCUGUACCCUGGAGCCCUGAGCACCAGAUGCAGAGGCUGCAGGUGACCCGGAAGCUGCUGGAGACGGAGGAGCAGGCUGCCUUCCCCGUGGGAAGUGCCACCCCUCGCUACCUGUACCUGGCCAGCAAUCACAGCAACAAGUGGGGUCACCCUCGGGGCUACCGCAUCCAGAUGAUCAGCUUUUCUGGGGAGCCACUGCCACAGAACAGCUCCAUGGAGAGAGGCUUCAGCUGGGAGAGGUACCAGAUGGCGGUAACCCAGAGGAAGGAGGAGGAGCCCAGUAGCACCAGCAUCUACAAUUUGAAUGACCCUUGGACACCCACUGUGGACUUCACUGACUUCAUCAACAAUGAGACCAUUGCAGGGCAGGACUUGGUGGCCUGGGUGACAGCUGGUUUUCUGCACAUCCCACAUGCAGAGGACAUUCCUAACACGGUGACUGUGGGGAACGGCGUGGGCUUCUUCCUCCGACCCUACAACUUCUUUGACGAAGACCCCUCCUUCUACUCUGCCGACUCCAUCUACUUCCGAGAGGACCAGGAUGCCGGGGCCUGUGAGGUCAACCCCCUGGCUUGCCUGCCCCAGGCUGCUGCCUGUGCCCCCGACCUCCCUGCCUUCUCCCACGGGGGCUUCUCUCACAACUAGGCAGUCCCUGGGAUGGGACAUAUGGCCAAGGGCUCCAGGCCAGGGCGUGAGGGAUGGGGAGCAGCUGGGCACUGGGCCGGGAGCCUGGUUUCCUUUCCCCUGCACCAGGACUCUUUCUUCUACUGCCCUCCCUCGAAUCCCCUCUAUGCCAGGAGCCUCCUGAGCCUGUGAUGGCUGACACAGGGGACACUCAGCCUUGUGGAUGCCAGCUGUCGAGUUCCCAUCCAGAGAGGCGAGGCAUGGCCCAGCCUGGAGCCUGGAGCCUUGGCCAGGUGUUUCCCUAGACCACUCCUGGUUUUCUUCACAGUUUUUUUUUUUUUUUCAAUGAGACAUAAUUUACAGAGCAUAAAAUUCAUCCCUUUAAAGCAUACAGUUUCAUGUGUUGUUUUGUUUUGUUUUUUGAGACAGAGUUUCACUUUGUUGCCCAGGCUGGAAUGCAAUGGUGUGAUCGCAGCUCACUGCAACCUCUGCCUCGGGGGUUCAACUGAGUCUCCUGCCUCAGCCUCCGGAGUAGCUGAGAUUACAGGUGCCAGCGACCAUGUCUGGCUAAUUUUUUUUUUUUGUAUCUUUAGUAAAGACAGGGUUUUCCCAUGUUGGCCAAGCUGGUCUCCAUCUCCUGACCUCAGGUGAUCCACCCGCCUCAGCCUCCCAAAGUGCUGAGAUUACAGGUGUGAGUCAUCGUGCCAGGCUCAAUUUCAUGUUUUUUAGUACAUUCACAAAGUUUUGCAGCCAUUGCCACUAAUUCGAGAACAUUUUUAUCACCACAGAAGGAAACCCUGUGCCUGUUUUUUUUUUUUCUCUUGAGGUGGAAUCUCGCUCUGUCACCCAGGCUGGAGUGCGAUGGCAGGAUCUCUGCUGACUGCAACCUCUGCCUCCCGGGUUCAGCUGAUUCUCCUGCCUCAGCCUCCUAGGUUGCUGGGAUUACAGGUGCCUGCCACCCCGCCUGGCUAAUUUUUGUAUUUUUAGUGGACUUUGGAUGAGCAUAAAUGAAAACCAGAACACUGGGCACAGUGGCUCAUGUCUGUAAUCCCAGCACUUGGGGAGGCUGAGGUGGGCUGAUCACCUGAGGCCAGGAGUUCAAGACCAGCCUGAUCAACGUGGAGAAACCCUGUCUCUACUAAAAAUACAAAAAUUAGCUGGACAUGGUGUCAGGCACCUGUAAUCCCAGCUACUCAGGAGGCUGAGGCAGGAGAAUUGCUUGAACCCAGGAGGCAGAGGUGUGGUGAGCCAAGAUCACACCACUGAACUCCAGCGUGGGUAACAAGAGCAAAACUUCGUCUCAAAAAAAAAAAAAAAAGAACUGGGACAAUUUCCAGGAAGGGAUUUGGGGGCGGGAGUAAGGUGCGGAGGAGUGGGGAGGAGGUAGGGUUCAAACAUCAAGCUUUCUGAGGUGUGUCAAGGCCAGAGAAACUUACGCAGUAUGUGGCAUCCACACCUCUGCUCCAUCAGUGUCUUUUCCUGGGAGUAAGAUCAAGAAGAGAGAGGGGUCCCGGCUAAUUUUUGUAUAUAUAUAUUUUUUUAUUUUCUUUUUGUUUUUAUUUUUUCCUUUUCUUUCCAGAACCCCUAAGAGAACUUAGAAUUAAUAAUUUUUGUAUUUUUAAUAAAGAUGAUUUUACUAUGUUGGUCAGGCUGGUCUCGAACUCCUGGCCUCCACCUACCUUAGCCUCCCAAUGUGCUAGGAUUACAAGUGUGAGCCACCAUACCCAGCCCCUUAGAAAUGCUGUUUCUAAGAGGGUAUCAAUAUGUCUUUGCACUUCAGAAAACUGGGUCUAGUCAAGGAAUAAGGAUGGAUAGAGGUCAAAAUGGAAAUGGAUUUGGAGAACAGAGUGGGGGUGAGGACAGAGUAGGAUGGAAAUGAGAGGGGGUCGGGGGGAGGUCAGUGAUGGGGAGGGGACAGGAUAAGGAACAAGAUGAGGAAGGGGGAAGGUGGAGUUGGAGUGGAGAUGAGGAUGAAAGUGAGGAGGGUUGGGUCAUCCUCUGGCCUCUCCUACCAUGCCCGUCUACCCAGAUGCAAACAAAACUUCAUUCACUCAUCAGUUUCUGGGACCCUUCCUGACUUGUACUGGUGCAGAAAAAUUACUCUCUCCAUAUUUGCCUUCAAAGAGCUCACAGUCUGGGCUGCAGAGAGGUCUUUUUUAUAAACAAAAACACUAGCUGGGCAUGGUGGCUCACACCUGCAAUCCCAGCACUUUGGGAGGCCAAGGCAGGUGGAUCUCAUGAGGUCAGGAGUUUGAGAGCAGCCUGGCCAACUUAGUGAAACUCCAUCUCUACUAAAAAUAUGAAAAUUAUUUAGGCGUGGUGGUGCAUACCUGUAGUCCCAGCUACUUGGGAGACUGAGGCAGGAGAAUCGCUUGAACCCCAGAGGCAGAGGUUGCAGUGAGCCAAGAUUGCACCACUGGACCCCAGCCUGGGCGACAGAGCAUGAUUCUCUCUCAAAACAAACAAACAACAACAAAAAUGAAAACACUGACAUAGUGCCAGGCGCAGUGGCUCACGCCUGCAAUCCCAGCACUCUGGGAGGCUGAGGUGGGUGGAUCACCUGAGGUCGGGAGUUCAAGACCAGCCUGACCAACAUGGUAAAACCCCGUCUUAAAAAAAACACUGCCAUAAUAGCUAUGACAGACAAGUGGAGCACAGAAAGAGGAGCCAUCUAUCACUGGUGGGAGUCUGGGAGGACUUCAGAGAGGAGGUGAUGGUUAUGUGUGUUUAAUUGUAUUCAUUGAUUUAUUUCAAUUAGUGAUACAUUCACAUGUUCAAAAUCCUAAAGGCACAAAAGAACUUGUGCCUGGUGAUGGUUGCACAAUUCUCUGAAUGUACCAAAAACCAUGGAAACCAUUAAAUUAAGCACUUUAAAUGGAAAAAUGAUACAGUAUGUGACUCAUAGCUCAAUGAAAUUGUGUUUUAGAAAAGGGUUUGUGUCUCCAUCCCACAUCUGAUUCUAGUCCCUCCCUGAAAUCAAGUAAUGCAGUGAGUUUCUCCUGUGUCUUUUUCAUUGGGAGUCAGAAGUGACAUUUGAAGUAGUGAAUGAGCUGAAUUUAGUCAAGUAGUAGACCGCAAACACAGCAUUCUGGCAGUGUGACACAGGCACAAAGGCUUGUGGUUCCGUGAAUGCCCCUAUGGCUGGAGUGUGGCGUGAGGGCAGCAGAGUGGCAAAGACUGAUUGGGGCUGGGUGAGCAGAGCCUUGGAGGCCAUGCAAGGCAGUCUGUACUUUAUCUGUAAGCAAUGAUGAUCCAGACCUUUAAGCUGCAUGAAUAACAAUGUGACAAUAAUUUUAAAACACCCAAAUCUCCCUCCAACAUCCCAUUGUCAUUCAUGUGAUUUAAACUGCAGCUCUUGUCUCUAGCACUCAUGCGUUCACCUAGUUAGGCAAGUAUAGUCUAAAUACACUUUUUUAUUCUACUUUUUCCGUUUAAUAUUAAUCAGAAGCAUUUUUAUAGGUUGUCAGGUAGUACUCGAAUGGAUUUUUUUUCGAGAUGAAGUCUCACUCUGUUGCCUAGGCUGGAAUGCAGUGGCACGAUCUCAGCUCACUGCAACCUCCACCUCCGGGUUCAAGUGAUUCUCCUGCCUCAGCCUCCUGAGUAGCUAGGAUUACAGGCGCCCGACACCAAGCCCAGCUAAUUUUUGUACUUUUAGUAGAGACGGACUUUCACUAUGUUGGCAAGGCUGGUCUCGAACUCCUGACCUCAUGAUCUGCCUGCCUUGACCUCCCAAAGUGCUGCAGUGAUCCACUUCACCCAAUGGAUUUUUUUUUUCCCCUAGAGGAAAUUUUGCUGUCAUCCAGGCUGGAGUGCAGUGAUGCAAUCUCGGCUUACUGCAACCUCCGCCUCCUGGAUUCACGUGAUUCUCCUGCCCCAGCCUCCCAAGUAGCUGGGAUUACAGGUGCCCACCAUUGGGCCUGGCUAAUUUUUGCAUUUUUAGUAGAGACGGGGUUUUACCAUGUUGGCCAGGCUGGUCUCAAACUCUUGACCUCAGGCGAUCCACCUGCCUUGGCCUCUCCAAUUGCUAGGAUUUAUAGGGGUGACCCACUGCUUCCGGCCAAAUGGAUGGUUUUUAAAGGGUAAGAGGUACUCUAUCAAGUUGAUGGUAAACAAAUCAUUCUCCAUUGGGCAAUUGGGUUGGUUCCAAUUUGCUGUCAAGAGGAAGAAUGACCCAAAUGGAUCUUGGCUUUGGACAAUGGCCUUUACAUGGCCAGCUUACAGGCUCAGAGCUAAAAGGGACUCAGGGAGUCAUCUGGGUUCAUCCUUAGAGCUUCUGUGGUCAUGAGUAAACACCCCAUCUGAACCCAUUUCUUUAUGUGGAAAAUGAUAAUGUAUUUAAAUCACUUAAAAGCUUUUUAGGCCUUGGUAGAUUUCUCUGACACUGGAAGGUCCAUCCAUAGCCUACCUGCUAUGAAUCAAAGGAACUAUUUGAAGACACUGGGGUCCUGGCCAGGUCAGGUGACUCAUGCCUGUCAUCCCAGCACUUUGGGAGGCUGGGGCAGGAGGAUUGCUUGAGGCCAGGAGUUUGAGACCAGCCUGAACAACAGAGCAAGAUUCUGUCUCUACAAAAAAUGUUGAAAAUUAGCUAAGCUGGCCGGGCACAGUGAGCCUGUAAUCCCAGCACUUUGGGAGGCCAAGGCAAGCAGAUCAUGAGGUCAGGAGAUUGGAGCAUGCUGGCUAACACGGUGAAACCCCAUCUCUACCGAAAAUACAAAAAAUUAUCGGGUAUGGUACCAUGUGCUGGUAAUCCCAGCUACUCAGGAGGCUGAGGCAGGAGAAUUGCUUGAACCCAGGGCGCAGAGGUUGUAGUGAGCCGAGAUUGAGCCACCGUACUCCAGCCUGGGUGACAGAGUGAGACUCCAUCUCAAAAAAUAAAAAUAAAAAAUUAGCCGAGCAUGGUGGCGCAUGCCUGUAGUUUUAGCUACUUGGGAAGCUUGAGGUUGGAGGAUCUGGGGCAGAUGCACUAUGAAGGCUCAAGAGGAAACAUUCGGGGCUGCCUGCAGCAGUGAUAAGGCUGCAAUUCAAUUUUCUUUGACGUCAGUGGUAGAAUUUGUCCACUAGGGGCCGGGCACGAUGGCUCACCCCUGUAAUGCCAGCACUUUGGGAGGCUGAGGUGGGUGGAUCACCUGAGGUCAGGAGUUCGAGACCAGCCUAGCCAACAUGAUGAAACCCGUAUCUACUAAAAAUACAAAAAGUUAGCUGGGUAUGGUGGUAGGUGCCUAUAAUCCCAGCUACUCGGGAGACUGAGGCAAGAGAAUCACUUCAACCCAGGAGUUAGAAAUUGCAGUGAGCCAAGAUUGCACCAUUGUAUUGCCUGGGCAACAAGAGUGAAACUCCGUCUCAAAAAAAAAAAAAAAAGAAUUUGUCUACUAGGUACUGUGCUAGGUGCUGGCAGGGGAGUUAAUGGGUCCCAGACAGACAGACGUGGCCCACGGACUGGCUUGGCCCAGGGGAGAUGCUACUGGAACAAGAAAACCUCUCUGAUGGUUCUUGGAAGUGGGAGCUGGCCCCUGGCCCUCCAUCCACUCCUCAUCUCCUCCCAGAGGCUGCUGUUCUUCAUCCAGACUAUCUGACCCCAUCUUCCCUGUAGUUGCCACAGAGACCUCAUCAUAUGAAGGGAAAGAGAGAGUAGCAUUCUCAGUAGGGCCCAGGUCUCAAACACUUCCCUGCUGCAUGUCUCAUCUACGUUUUUUUUUUUUUUGAAACAGAAUCUUGCUCUGUUGCCCAGGCUGGAGAUACUACAAUCUCAGCUCACUACAACCUCUGCUUCCCAGGCUUAAGCGUUUCUCAAGCCUCAGCCUCCUGAGUUGCUGGGACUACAGGCAUGCACCACCAUGCCCAGCUAAUUUUUGUAGUUUUAGGAGAGAUGGGGUUUCACCAUGUUGCCCAGGCUGGUCUCGAACUCCUGAGCUCAGGCAUCCCAUCUGCCUCGGCCUCCCAAAGUGCUAGGAUUACAGGCAUGAGCCACAGUGCCCAGCCCCUCAUGCCUCUUUUUUUUUUCUGUAGGGGGGGGAACGGAGUUUCACUCUGUCGCCCAGGCUGAAAUGCAGUGGCACAAUCCAGGCUCACUGCAACCUCCACCUCCCAGGUUCCAGCUGUUCUCCUGCCUCAGCCUCCUGAGUAGCUUGGACUACAGGCACGUGCCAUCACGCCCAUCUAAUUUUUUUGUAUUUUUAGUAGAGAUGGGGUUUCACCAUGUCGGCCAGGAUGGUCUCUGUCUCCUGACCUCAUGAUCGGCCUGCCUCAGCUUCCCAAAGUGCUGGGAUUACAGGUGUGAGCCACAGUGCUCGGCCCCUUAUGCCCCUUAACUUUAUAUCUCUGGGUCAGAAUGUGAUAGGGAACUCUCCUUUCUUGAAGACCUCCCAGGAAUGUGAUGUCUCAGUCGCUCCCAGUUCUCCCAUUGAGAAGGAGAAGCCGGUACAGGACUACUCCGAGCCAGAUGAUUUCCAUCUUUGCUUUACUCAAUCCUUAGAACAACCUUGAAAGGCAAAUGUUAAUUACACCCAUUUCACAGAUGCAGAAACUACAAUUCAGAGAGAUUAGGAAGCGUAUCCAAAUCACCUGGCUGGUAAAAGGUAGGGCUGGGAAUGAUCCCAGAUCUUUGCAGAAUUAUACCUCACUACCUUCCCUGGGCCAUGGCUCUUUUUCACUGCCUGGUAGGCCUAUUUGAAGAGUUAAACAAGGUAUCAGACUGGUCUAAAUACUGUAAGAAAGGAAAAAAAAGAAUGAAACAAGGUAAUGCUUGAGAAACCCUUGGCACGUGAUCCAUGUUAAGUGACCCUCUCAGAACAAAGUCAACACUCAAAGGGCAGGGGCAGAAACAUGCACAGGGCACGCCGGGCGUGCCCGCCUAUAAAGGGAGAGCCAGCGGUGAGUCUUCUGCAAGCUCAGUCUGGCACUUUGGAUCCGUUCCCAUCGGUCCUUACAGCUGCUGGUCACAGCCAAGAUGGUGAAACAGAUCGACAGCAAGGUUGCUUUUCAGGAAGCCCUGGACACCGCAGGCAAUAAACUUGUAGUAGUUGACUUCUCAGCCAGGUGGUGUGGGCCUUGCAAAAUGAUCAAGCCUUGUUUUCAUUCCCCCUCUGAAAAGCAUCCAACGUGGUAUUCUUUGAAGUAGAUGUGGAUGACCAUCAGGAUGUCGCUUCAGAGUGUGAAGUCAAAUGCAUGCCAACAUUCCAGUUUUUUAAGAAGGGACAAAAGGUGGGUGAAUUAUCUGGAGCCAACAAGGAAAAGCUUGAAGCCACCAUUAAUGAAUUAGUCUAAGCAUGUUUUCUGAAAAUAUAACCAGCAUUGGCUAUUUAAAACUUGUCUUUUUUUAAUUUACAAAAAAUAUAAAGACUAUAAAUCCAAUUGCCAUCUGGGUGACAAUAAAUCAUUAAAUCUAACACUU